AUGCAUGAGGAGGAGUACAAUGGUGAACCAAAUGUGGAGUUGAAUGAGAAUGUGCAACCUCAAGAUUGUGGCUGGUGGGGAAGGCACACUGAGUUGGUGCAUGAUAAUGCUGAUGACAGUGAUAUUGGUGAUGAAGUUGAAAUGGGGAGUGUGCAUAGUGAUAAAGAGAAUGAAGCAGCCACACCUCAUAAGAUUCCAUUUAACCCUGAGACAAACACAGAGGAUGUGGACUUCAAAUGUUAUAUGGAAUUUGCAACAAUUGACUUGUUAAGGAAGACUGUUAGGGAACACUUCAUUCACAACAACAAGGAGUACAUACUGUUGGCUAAUGACAGGCAGAAAUUCAGGGUGAAAUGUAAGGCAGAAGGAUGCCCUUGGAUGUUUGGCUGGCAACUCACUUCAAAAACCAGUUCAGAGUACAUCCAAACAUGGAUUACAAGGCAUUUCAGGAGAUCACAAAGGACACCAAAUAUUCAAAGUGCAGUUAUUUACAGAGCUAAAGACCAAGUGAGAAAGGAACUUGAAGGCUCAGUCAUUGAGCAAUAUGCUAUGCUGGAGGACUACUUCAAGCAACUUCUGGAAACCAAUCCAGGUACCACUGCUAAGCUCAAAUGUGAGAUGCAAGGUGACCAUAGAAUCUUUCAAAGGUGUUAUGUGUGUCUACAUGCAUGUAAAGAAGAUUUUAAACAAGGAUGCAGGCCAUUUAUAGGGUUGGAUGGGUGCUUUCUGAAAGGAUACAGUAAAGGUAUCUUACUUGCUGCAAUUGGGAUUGAUGCAUCAAAUUCCAUCUUCCCAGUAGCCUAUGCCAUCACUGAGAAAGAGACAACCAACAGCUAG